CUACAAGAAGGGAAGUCAGUGUUUUUAUCUGCAGCAGUGAGAGAGAUUAGUGUUAGCGUGUAAUCGAAAAGCUUGCAGGACGGACUGUUUUUGAACUUGACGUGUAACAGGAUCCUAUCAUCUGAGACAGAAUGGGCAAUCAUGCUUCACUUGUUGUGGACCUCCAGUGGGAGAAGAAUAACAUGGAUCACCACACUGAAGUGUUUCGUGAGGACGGUCUGAUUGUGAGGCGUGGGCAGCCCUUCAUCAUCACUCUGGACCUGACGUCUACCACAAACCUCCAGCAAAAGCUCAACAAGAGCAAACUGAGUGCUCAGACAGGACCCUCUCCAGCCGCAUCCUCUGGAACCAAAAUCUCCAUGGAACUAAAUGGAGAGAAGGAGGAUUCUGGAUGGAGCGCUGCAGCGUCUCUGAAGGGAAACACCAUCUCACUGAAAGUCUGUCCCUCUCCCAGUGCUCCCAUUGGGAAAUACAGCCUUGUCCUUUCUGAUCCCUCGAAACAGGAGGCUGAUUUGGGUAAAUUUGUUCUGCUGUUCAACCCCUGGUGUCCAGAUGAUACUGUGUACAUGGAGAAGAAGGAGGAGAGAGAGGAAUAUGUUUUGUCUCAAGACGGAAUUAUCUACGGCGGAGAUGCCAAGAACAUCACGCACUGGGCAUGGAAUUUUGGACAGUUUGAAUCUGGGGUUCUAAAGGCCUCCUUAAAGAUUCUGAAUGAAAGCCUCCAGCAUAAAAAGAAUGCAGACAAGGACUGCAGUAAGAGGAAUGACCCCAUCUAUGUGACCAGGGUGCUGAGUGCCAUGGUUAAUACAAAUGAUGACAGUGGAGUGCUUAGCGGGAGAUGGUCUGGAAACUAUGAUGGUGGAGUGGACCCCUCGAAGUGGACAGGCAGUGUGGAGAUCCUGCGCCAGUGGCACGACAGCAACUGUAAAUCUGUGCGCUAUGGCCAGUGUUGGGUGUUUGCAGGAGUGGGCUGCACAGUUGCCAGAGCUCUCGGAAUUCCUUGUCGGCUGAUCACUAAUUUUGAAUCAGCUCACGACACCAACGGUGACUUGAAGAUCGAAACUUAUGUUAGAGAGGAUGGAAGGAUGGUGAAAGAAAUUGUGUGGAAUUUCCACUGUUGGUUGGAGAGCUGGAUGAAGCGCCCUGAUCUCAAACCUGGUUAUGACGGCUGGCAAGUCAGUGACCCAACCCCUCAAGAACCAAGUGAAGGUGUGAUGUGUUGUGGUCCUGUGCCGGUAAAAGCCAUUAAAAUAGGUGACCUCACCUGUCAGUAUGAUGCAGCAUUCGUGUACGCAGAGGUCAAUGCUGACAUCAUCACAACAUUUAAACUGUAUGAUGGACUUGAGAGGAAUGUGGUGAAUAAAAUCACGGUAGGCCAGAACAUCAGCACCAAGAGCAUCGGCAAGGACGCACGAGAGGACGUCACACAUCUGUAUAAAUACGAGGAAGGCUUGGCACUAGAGAGACAGUCCUACAUGCAUGCUCAGGUCUGCCAGGAGUUGGAUCUGUGCUUUGAAGACCAUGGAGAGAUAAUGAAAGGCUCAGACUUUGUGCUGAAUGUCACUGUCACCAACAAAACCAGUGCUGUUAAGAGCAUUAAGCUUCAGUUCACUUCUGGAGGCAUGUUUUACAAUGGUAAACCUGACAAUGAAACCAUCCAAGUCUACGCAGGAGAGCAUUCAAUCAGCCCUGGGAAAGUGCUAAAGAUCCCAUUGAAACAUCGCUACCUCAAAUACGCUCCACUGCUCUCCACUGGCAGCCAGCUACAGGUCUGGGCACUGCUCACGGACAUGGACACUGAUGCCAGGCUGUUAGAGAAGCACUAUGUCAGCUUUAAAGACCCCAAGAUCAACAUUAAGGUGACUGGGAAUCAGCGAGUAGGACACGCGAGCUUGGUGAAGCUCUCAGUGGAGAACCCGCUGCCGGAGACCCUGCCGGAAUGCUGGUUUUGUAUAGAGGGAGCAAAUCUGACUCACGGAGAAAAGCCAACGCGUAGGAUCCUGAAUGUGGGUCCCAAAGAAACAGCCACCGCGAAGUUUUACUUCACCCCCACUCAGAGUGGCCUACGCAAGCUGCUGGUGAUUUUCUCCAGUACGAAGCUGGGUCACAUUAAAUCGUAUGUGAACCUGUCAAUCAGCAAGUAGAUCCACACUUUAAAAAUAACAUUAAGGCCUUCAAAUUUUCUUUAAAUCACACAAACAUUUAUGUGAAAGCCUUCUAGCCCUACUACUGAGUACUGAACCCUGAUAUUACAUUGUCUGAUCUAUCUAAUCUGAAAUGUUAAAAAAAUGAAAAAUGCAACACUUAUUUUUAUUCAUUCAAUGUGUGUUCCAUUAUAUUAAUUUACAAUCAAUAAUAAUGAAAAAAAAAUUGGGGUAAUUAAGUAGAAUAGUAAUGUUAUUAAAAUUGCUGUAGUAAGAAUUGCACGUGUCAGGUCCUGUGCUGUGAUUAUCUCUAUCAGUAAUGCUUUGUUCUAUACUAAUAGGAGGGUGGCAGUGCAUUUGGAAUUGUAAUUAAUGAUAUGCAUUACUGUAUCAAUACAGUAUAUAAUUCAGUAGGUGCUAAUUGGUCAAAAUAAAAUCUAAAACUAUUUUCACAUGAA